GAGACCACCAACAUCCCCAACUUCGACAAGUACAAGAGUGGAUCUGGCGAUACCUCCAACCGCGCCUUCUCCUACUUCAUGGUCGGAACCACCGGUGCCUUGUCCGUUAUGGGAGCCAAGACCACCGUCGCUGACUUCUUGGCGAACAUGUCUGCCUCUGCCGAUGUUUUGGCCUUGGCCAAGGUCGAGGUCGAUCUCAGCACCAUCCCCGAGGGUCGCAACGUUACCAUCAAGUGGCGUGGAAAGCCCGUCUUCAUCAGACACCGCACUCAGGACGAGAUUGAAGAAGCCAAUUCUAUCAACGUCGCUGAGCUCCGUGAUCCCCAGACCGAUGCCGAUCGUGUCCAGAAGCCCGAAUGGUUGGUCAUGUUGGGUGUCUGCACUCACUUGGGAUGUGUCCCAAUUGGAGAGGCUGGUGACUACGGUGGAUGGUACUGCCCUUGCCACGGAUCCCAUUACGAUAUCUCUGGCCGUAUCCGCAAGGGACCCGCACCAUUGAACCUUGAGAUCCCUGCCUACUCGUUCGAGGAGGGCAACAAGGUCGUCAUUGGUUAA